GGAAACCACUCAGAGAGGGAUCCUUUUGUAGCCUUUCGGUGCUUCAAUCCAACUGCUUUCAUUCUCUUUACUCUUUCUUUCUUUCUUUCUGAUGAAAACUUUGAACGAUGGAAUCAAACUCAAUUGCCACUCUGCUUAAACGUCCAUAAUAUAUGGCACCCAUGAUUUCUCAGUGUUUGAAAAGAUGCUCAUAGCUCAGACAAAAAAGAAAAGCUAAGGCUGCGAUUCCUGACUUUUUCUUCUCAUUUGCUUCCUUUUGACUCCAAAUCUAACGACAUUCUCUGCAGCUUCACUUUGAAACUUCUAGCCGCUGUUCUGAAAUGAAACCCAACAUUUAAACCAGCUUUCACUUCCUAAUAAUAGCUUUGGUUGUUGUGUUUGGGGGGCACUCGUAGUAUAGCCAUGGCAAUCGAUGUCUGCUCGGAGAUUUCGAGCGCGGGAAUCAGCCCAAGAAUCUCGUUUUCAUAUGAUCUGAAUAGGCCAGAUGUUCUGUCAAACGAGGAUCACUGCCGGCGGUCGGACUUGACCCUCUUGGAUUCCAGCUCCGACUUCGUCUUCUGCAUUGGUAAUAGAUUUGCACAAGAACUGGCUCCAGCUGACGAGCUUUUCUCCAACGGCAAGAUCCGUGCAAAAGAAAUCAAACGAAAGGUCACUUCCCCAGAUGAAACGUCAAUCCAAUCAGAGUCCGUCUCUUCUCGUCCACGGCCUUCUUGUUCCGGGAACACAGAAAAGAAGCAGCUCAAAGAGUUAUUGUCCAACAAUUUUGACGUGGAAGAAAAGCCUCCAUCAAAAUCUUUCUGGCAGUUCAAGCGAAGCAGCAGUCUCAACUUUGACAGUGUGAGAAGCCGAAGCUUAAUCCGCUCAUUACAGUUCUUAUCGAGAAGCAACUCAACAGGUUCGGUACCAAAUAAUUCCAAACAACCAACGACUUCGAAGGGAACCCAGAAGCCGCAUUUGCAGAAACAACCGUCGGUGUCAAGAAGAAAGUCAUCGGCAUCAUGUCCGACCACAUACUAUUCCUAUAGUUCUUCACAAAGGCCUUGCACCAAGAUCAAGAAUUGUGGAGCUUAUGGCGAUGGGGUUCGAAUCAGCCCUGUUCUAAACCUUUGGUAAAACGAUUGUUACCAUUGGCGUUUCAUCUACGGUGAAAUCUGUAGGCUUUUAGGUUUAGGUUGUGUUGCAUCGUUAAGCUGCAGACGCAGAGGGACGGAGAGAGGGAGAGGGAGAAGGAAAGCGAGCUGUGUGUGGGAGGAAUGGCGAAGGAGGAGGAA